AUUCGUCAUAACUGAUUCCACCCAACGGUAAGUUCCGGAACUCCACAACGGCGUCGCCUCGUUCCUUUGCUUGAGCUGGAUGGAAGAGAACCCAGAAACGUUUCCGUUUCAGCAGGGUGAGGUUUCUUCUUCUUCGAACAUCGAGCUGCUCUGCUUUUCCAGUUUACUUCAGCUGCAGAGCAUCUUCUUCCUCUUCUUCACUUGAUAGUCACGAGUGGACCUAUAUGCGGAUGCGUCAUACCUUCCAUGGGCGGCCUAACUGGAGCUCUCUUGUACGGAGUGGGGUCGGUGAUGGCUACGGUUGAUAGUGCCAUGGAACUUGCGGACGGAACCUUAAAAGAGGCCGACUCAAAUUCGUGUGAAGGGACAUGGACGUUUGGCAGCCUUAAGGAAGCGGCGGAGGUAAGCCAAUGCCUGAGCUUUAACGAGGUUAAUAAUGGGACUCUGAUCCGGCAACGAGUUGAAGGUCAUUUGGCUAGGAAAUUUGGACCGGGACGCUAUGGCCGCGCGGAAGAGCAGGAUGUGGAAUGGAUGUUCGGAAUUGCUGGGGAAUUGUUGGGUUCGCAAGAGAAUCAACUUUUUGUGGGCAAGUCCCUUUUUCAUGCCAUCAUACGUGUACAUGGCUUGCAUGGGGAGCCAAUGUGGGAUGCAUGGAGUUACGUUGGAGAAGACGAGUUCUUCGAGACUGAGAAUUUUGGUGAUAGAAGCUUGGUGCAAGUGGUCGAGCGCAAUUGGAAGGAUCGCAAGCGCAGGCUGCAUCAUUGUCCACUCAUUAUCAUCAAUAACAAUUGGGAAGGUUCUUCUCCUCUGGGGCUUCCCUGUCUCUUCUCUGUUUCUUCACCGCUUUUGUAUCUAAGGAGAGGGUAAACCCAUUUUCCCGGGUCUUGAUAAUCAUGGCGGACUCAAUUCGCCCAGAUCCGAGACCAAGAAUCUACCUGAAACCCGACCCAUCAUGCUGCUCCGCCGCCGGGAUCAACCACUUCCGCCGCCUCUCGGACUCCCUGCUCAUCCUAGUCUUCAAACAAAUUUAUUGUUCAGUCUCCCGGACACUGGGUCUUCGUUUGCACGUUUUUUUCCCGCCGGGAUGAACCAUUGCAUAACAAUUAAAAAGAAAGAAAGAAAGAAACGACACAAAUGAUUCCAAGGCUGCUCCUUCCCUGCCUCCUGGCUAUGAUUCACACCAUACCAAUAGUAUACACUAUUUCAAAUAAAAUAUUUGAGCAAUCGACAAGAAAUUCAUCGCUCAUUUUGUUGAGCAAAUCAGUUCUCACAUGUUUCAUUGUUGAAAAGGUUCUCUUCGUAGUAGCGGUUGAAACGAGCAGCAUCAACACUAGAUAAAUCAAUCGACUAAUCAAUUUGCAUUGUGUGUCCAUCCAUGCAUCCACGAGCUGCUCUAGUAAAUUUUCAAGGAAACAAACCUCAUAUUUCUUUUAGUCUUUAACGUUUUAAACUUUUUAGAAUUUUAUGUUUCAUUGUUUUUUUUAGACGCAUAAUCUUUGGGGCUAAAAUUUCUAGGCUAAAUUUAGAGUAGUGAUUUGAAUAUGUACAUCUUAUUAAUUUUUCUAGUUAUACCCAAUCUUAUUAUAAAAUAACACUACGUCGAAUGUCUAAAAUCGAAAAAUUUCAUAAAGGCUAUACUAACUACGGAUCCAGAGGAGGGCUGGCCGGGGCCCGGGGUGGCCACUCCCUGGAUCCGCCAGUGCUCGUAGGCAGGGCGGGGCGGGCAUGGGUACUCUCAUUGACCCGACCUGCCCUGACCCGCCCCAUUCUCGACCCAUUCUUGCCUAAAUUACGUGUAAUCUUAGUCAAAUUACUUUGCAUUUUUCUUUUAUUACAUCAUAAUUUAGCUAUAAUAAAGUUAUAAAUUAGUGAAAACCUCAAUUUCUCUAAUAAUUUAACUACAUUUAUCUUAAUAUUGUUUGUUUUCUUGGUCUUAUAAUAAAAAUAACGAAUAUUUUUAAUGUUUUUCAUAUAAAUUGCAUACCCAUUGGGUCGACCUGCGACCCGUGAUAAAUUACCCGACUCGGACCCGACCUGCCACGGGGCGGGUCUAGGUACCAAGAAACCCGUCCCGGACCUGCCCCAUUGCCAUUCCUAAUAACCAUGGGUUAUGCACCCAUCAAUAAAUAAAUCUGGACCCUUCAUUUAGAAAAUCCAGAUAUAAGAAUGAAGAAUUAAAUGUCAUUUUUAUUUUCCCUAGCUUUCUUAAUUGGUUCAUAUCUUCUUCGUUUUAACUCGGAUUUCAAUUUUUUUUUUUUUUUUGCAUAUAUGGAAAGAGUUCAUUGUGCUCUACAAAACAAGAUCCAUUUUCAAUAUUUUUGAGAAAAAAAUUGCAUGCCUCUCGGUACCAACUGCAUACCAUAUGGUAUCUUCUUAGUUUUUAAUUCGUUUUUGAAAACGUUUGCACAGAAGGAACGAGUUCAUCAUGAUCUAUUGGAUCUACAAAUUUCUGGGUGAACAAAUUACAGGACAAAAAAAUACCACACAAUACUACCCUCGUCGUACGAGGUGGUAUCUUGUGGUACACAAUGUAAAAAGUAGUAAAUGACAGUUAAUAUACUUCUACUAUCAUGUAUUCAACCAUCCUACAGUCUUGGUUUGCUCAUACCACCAUUGUACGCUUUUCGAACCAUAGGUAUGCUUUUAUUUCUAUACCAGUCACUCAAUACCAUAUGGUAUAGAUUGGUAAAACAUGGCUUAAUUUUUUUUUUUUUCCAAAAAUAUAUCAAAGUGGAUAUCAUUUUGAAGACCACAUUUAAUCUGAUUUAUCUGUGCAGAAAAAAUUAAAUUUCGACUUAAAACAAAAGAGAAAUCGUCCGUUAAAGAUUAAAGGGUAAAAAAAAAGGCUUUCCAUGAGAGAGGAUUGUGAUGUGAACGGGUUAUUCACAGGAUGGAUCUGCUCCCUCCAUCUUAGCCCUUAAACUCAAAAUAUACGUGAGGAACAAAAUAUAUUCCAUCAAACUUGAUCUAAAAGCUACAACUCCACUCAUCAAGUAAUUCGUUGAACCAAGCUUCACGUAAAAAUCAUGCGUACCCACCCAUCAUGUAGUUUAAAAUGCAACAUAUAUAAUUUCUAUGAGGAAGCAACAUAAACUUGAGGGGGGCUUCUCGUGAAGUUGCAUAGAUAUGUUAAGUAGUUUGGACAACAGACCAAAGCCGAAAGUGUGAAAAAAAUUGGUCGAGAAUGAAGAAAAGCGUCGGGAAUACCGAAGGAAGGUGUAGUUGCAGGGGUGGGAACACAAUAGGGUUUGUAAAGGGAUAGAGGCGGAGCAGGAAACCAAACGGCGGCUGAAGAAAUUGGAGCAAGGAAUUUUGUGGAAGGAAUUCGAUAGGUGGAUGAAUAUUGCAGCGUUGGUGAUGUGCAGAAGUCAAGUCAGCCGUGUGCAGAGGAAUCUGAGGGUCUUACGAACUGUGGUCGUGAGGGAAGGUGCGGUUGCUAUUGAAAAGGGAAGGAUAGGAUAGGUGCAAGACAACCCAGCAGCAGUCCUUCGACUCGAGACAGGUAGCUACAAUACAAGAGCCUCCCCUGCACCUCGUUACGGUCGAGAUGGAUUGGAGUUGGAGGAGGUUCCCAGCUUCUGAAGCUACUGAGAUGUGACUCCUGAUCAUGUUAUCCAUUGCCUAAUUAGAGUUCGAGUCAUGGAACUCGUCAACAGACAACAGCCUUGUUCCAUUUUCAUUAUUUUCCCCAUUUCUCUUUCUCCCUCUAUGCUUUCCUUUCCGUGUUCAAAAAAUUAAUUGUGCAUUUUCAU